AUGUCGACGUCAGAGCAAAAUCUUUCCGACGAAUUCGAAGGGGAACUGCCGGCGGAGGAGAAGCCUCGUCUUACCUUCACACAAGAUGUUCCACCGGCCAUUCAUUACGGGCAUAAACUGGAUAUGACAGAUAGGGAUCCCGUCAAAAUGAACGACCACGUAAAGGUUUUCUUUCAAGACGUAUUUGCUGAGCCGGAUGGUUCCCACAGCAUUGAUGGGGUCUGGCGGACGAGCUUCAAUACGUUCGUGGCCACCAAGUACUGGUGUUACAGGAUAAUUACAGCUAUCUGUGGAGUACCUACUGCCAUCUUGUGCGGAAUCUACUUUGCUUGUCUAAGUUUUGAUUACAUCUGGUGCAUCAUGCCCUGUUUGCGCGCUUACGUCAUUGAGCUGCAGUGCCUUGGGAAGCUGUUUAGCCUGUGUGUGCGCACAUUCUUCGACCCGUUUUUUGAGUCUGUGGGAAGAAUUUUUGGUGGAAUGAGGAUUUCUCAUGCAAGAGAAGACAACAAACCCUUUUCGGCAUGAUAACAUUUGUCUUGUCACGCAAAUGUUUCUGAUUGAGUUGUCUCGAUUUUCUUAAAGUGCAGAGAAAAGAACUUAAAACAUAACGCUAAACCUAGGAAUUCCGUACUCAUGUUUUACUAAAGUUCGUCAGUAUUAUACCAUUAAUAUAUAUCAACCAACCUAGAAUAUAAUCUUAUAUACCGCAUUUACAAUUAUUAAGGCUCAAUUCAACUAUUCGCCUAGGAAUUUGCAAAGUUUGUUCGCUCACCUUGCAGAACUGAACGUUGCAAGACGAACUUUAUGAUUAGCCUAGUUUAUAGAUUGCAAAUAUUCAU